UUAUAGAAUUUAAGAUUUUAACCAAUUUUAAAAGCGCCAUCCCGUUGCCUCUUUCGCUUAAGCAAGGGGAAAUAAAUCAGCUGCGAAGGGGGAAAAAACUCCAUAGAAACGUCGUAGCAGUAAAGCACAACAUCUGCCGGUAGACUGGAUAUAAAGCUCUUCAAUUGGCCUGUCUAGAAUUUCAGGGUCCGAGCGAUUCUUCAGCCACAUUCAGUUGCAUCUGCUUGAAUUCGUCCCCUGCCGCUCAUCGCGCAUCACUCAUCACGCAAUCAUGGAUCUAGUUAACCACCUAGAAGGCCGGCUGUUGUUUGCCGUUCCUAAGAAGGGACGACUCAACCAAGCUACUCUCAACUUGUUAGAGGGUGCUGAUAUCCAGUUCAGACGAGAGAACCGACUUGAUAUAGCCUUGGUCAAAAAUCUCCCUAUCGCUCUCAUCUUUCUCCCGGCGGCCGAUAUACCUACCUUCGUCGGCGAAGGCCAAGUCGACCUAGGAAUAACGGGAUAUGACCAAGUGCAGGAGCACGAUGCUGGCCUUCGCGCUCUGUAUAAGGCACGGCGGUUCUCGGGAGAGAUCACACCGGAGGAAGAAACUGAACGAAACUCGAAAGGAUCAGGCAUCGAAACUGUCCUAGAUCUAGGGUUCGGAGGAUGCAAGCUGCAGGUUCAAGUACCUGAGAAAGGCAACUACAACUCCCCGAAAGACCUGAUUGGCAAGAACAUUGGCACAAGCUUCGUCCACUUGGCGCAAAAGUACUUUGCCAACUUGGAAUGGGAAGAAGAAGCAGCAAAGGAGGCUAAUGGCGCUCCUAUCCAGUUUUCUGAUAAGAUACAGACGAAGAUUAUCGAGCUGAGUGGUAGUGUCGAGGCAGCUUGCGCUCUUGGUGUGGCAGACGGAAUCGUCGACCUUGUCGAAUCCGGGGAAACGAUGAAGGCGGCGGGACUUAAGCCGAUCGAUACUGUUGUCGAGACGACAGCAAUCCUGAUCAAAUCACGAAAUCCUUCCAAUCCCGCUCUCGUAGACCUAAUUGCUGCUCGAAUCCGCGGUGUUAUCACGGCCCAAAAAUACGUGCUAUGUCAAUACAAUGUUGAGAGGUCAGGACUUACGGCGGCAACCAAGAUCGCGCCAGGAAAACGAGCACCGACGGUAACAUCUCUGGAAGAGGAUGGCUGGGUUGCGGUCAGCGUUAUGGUUGAGAAGAAGAAGAUCGCGCCGAUAAUGGACGAGCUAACCAAGGUCGGAGCAACGGAUAUCUUGGUAUUAAACAUUGCAAACACUAGAAGUUAAAAAAAAAAUCAUAAUCGAAAUCGAAAAUAAAAGUCAAAAUAAAGGAUGGGAAAAUAUGCUUACCUAUCUACUUAGGUAUUAAAAGGGAUGAUAGAUAUGCAUGUCUUGGGGAAAGGCUAUGCAUAUGAGGGGAAAGGAGAAGAUGCAUACCUAUUGGGUUAUGUACAAUACUUCUUUACUUUAUAGGUACAUCAUCUAAUGGUUAUCUCGCUUGAGCAUUGCCCAAAAGAUAAAACCACUAAUGUAGACGUUAUGAUAUAGCGUGAGGCUUUGCCAGGGACGGGUUGCAAUGCGGGCAAGGCUGAUGAUUAUACAUAUACCUAAUGAUUAUGAAGUUCUGGUGGCUUUGUUCUUUUUAGCCAGUUUAUUUAGUAGGUAU